AUGACCUGCGCGACGAAGAAAUAUUCAUUUCAAGCAUGUCCUGUGGUGGUCGCUCGAGAACUGAACAAUACACGAAUAAAAGAAGUCCUGUUGAACACAGGCUGCGAGUUGAGUGUUCAGGCAAGAGUUCUUAACCCGCACUAUCAAGCUACUCCGUGGACAAAAGGAACGAUAGUGGAACUAACAGGACGGGACGAGCCAUCCAUUGAUUACUGUAACCAACUGAUCGACGUGGUGUCGCCGUUCUAUACUACUCGAAAGAUAUAUCAUGAAGCACUUUCUUCUCAAAAGGGACGAAGUGUGGGUGGAGAUCAGAAAACUGUUCCAUUUUCCUACUAUGAGAGUGCCUCUUGUUUUUCAGAGGAAGUGCUACGAACAAGAGGGUGUUCUGUCCCUCAAAAACAACUUUCUGGACGUUUAAAGAUCGAAAGAUUAGGGUCCAGUGUGUCAAUAGCAAAACACCUCCAGGAACGUCCGUUAUUAUCCACAGUUUCUCGGAGCUCACAACACUCUAGCUCUGUGGCAGAUCCUAGCUAUUCCUCAUGUUCAGGAACUCUGUUUAACCAGUUGAAAAGAGUGUUAACGGCUUCCAGACCUUCACCGGUAGAAACUGUGCACCAUAAUAAACACAACGUAUUUACAACUCCAACUGUGACCCAAAAACGGAACGUAAACCUAUCCAGAUUCGCAGGGCAGUCUACAAACUUCCCCAAACCAGCAUCUGGUGAAGAAAGUCACCAGAAGCGAAGUUCCUCUAGGAGAUUGGCAAUGCAGCCUGAGAGAAGAAACGUCCAGGUCCUUGAGCAAAGCACACCAGUGGAUACGGUGCUCACUGCUCUAACACGGAACCUACAAAGCUUUAAGUCGAGGGUAGAGCAACCAAGGGAAUUUGUUUUCAACCCGAAACAAAAUUCAAUUGGUGGUAAUGUUCCAACUGGUGAGAAAACUGUAAUGAUUGCAGAGAAACAAAACAGGAAUGCUACUGGAAGGCAACCAACUAUCAGAACCCAAUAUUCCAUCCACUGUAGUUCGAUGCAAAAGCGUGCGAGUGUGUGCACUCGACAAGUGGGUUUGAAAAACGAAGGAACGGCUGAAAAUGAAAUCAAAGAAGCCAGUCAAAAGGGUUCAGACGAAUGUUCGAAUCGUCUGGAGGUUGGUCCACCAAAAGUUUCAAAUUCACCAAAACACAACCACACAAAGAAUGCUGACGAUAAGACUACGGCGCCUAAAGAUGAUAUAGAUGACGAGCUGAUGGUGAAAGGAGACUCCACCUCUGUCCUCGGGGCCGACAAAUUUCCGAGUAACCGCUCUGUCGAACAGUGUUCAGCAAAAACAGAGCAUAUUUUAACAGAAGCGGAAUCGGACGAUUCCAGGCAGGAUUUCGUAAUUUGUGGUGAAAGUUCUUGCCCUUCAGCUGGAUCGACUUUAUCCAGCCCCUCAUGUUCCAGCCCUUACCUGGGAUCAAAGCUAUUAGUUGACAGCCCUGAAAACCGUUCUAUACAAGGUUUCAAGUCUACUCAACUAGCCUUGAUCAGCGAUGCUUCUAAAGUUCAUUCAAAAAAUGUAGAAGCACCCAAGAGGAGAUCUGGCCCUUUUGUUGUGCCCAGUUUGAUUUAUUCUCAACAAUUGCUUCUGCCAGGUGGCAUGAGACAUUCGCAACUUCAUAGACAAAAUUUGAGCCAAGCUGCCUUAUACGAACUGGUGAUGGAGUCUGGUUCCCAUGCUCCUAAGCAAAACACGUUAGAUCUUAGAAAACAGGUAAUCCCUACUAUUGUUCCAGACUAUCCAAUUGCAACUUUGGCCAAGGGUCCACAACAGAAGUUCAGUCUACAGUUCACACAAACAACGCUAACUGACGAGUUAAACUCUAUCAGUUCAGAACAGGAUUUGGUCAAACCUGAUUCACUAACUCAAAGUAUCCUCGAAGGACCAGCUAGUGCUGUUACCUGCGAUCUGGAAGUUUCCCACAGUAGGACACAGAUUCAGCGUCAGUUUAGACGUGGACAAGCGGUUACCAAAACAACACGUAAACCUGCGAACCUGACUUUGAAAUCGAACACUGUCUCCCGUCGUAUGACUUCAAACAGAAGUUCUGUGUUGACUCGACCUAUUCAACAGUCUGGGUUCAGGAGGAGCAACUUAGCCGGUGGGUCAGGUACACGUUCCAAGUCUGAGACUAAUGAGAGGGUGACUACACAAAGAGUUUCUAGAAGGCCACCAACAAAGGAUGGAACGUUCGAAACUACGAAGAUCAAUCGGGUUUCUCGCUCAAAGUCUUUGGUUUUCGAUGCUUCGAAAGAUCCGGUUCUCGAUGCCAAGCCAUAUAAUAUAAUUGCCACGCUUAGGAUGGAAAGAGAUGGCAUGCAGAAGACAGACGAUCGAUUCCAGUAUUCCUUCGAGGAUAACCUCAAGCCCAACACAACACACGCUCAAGAAACAAAAGGCGCAAGAGCUGUAUCAGCAUUUAAAGAAAUGGGCGGCCAUUCCCCUGAUUACUCGAAGGUCCAAACCCGAAUUCAAAUGAGCGAUUUUCAGACAGAUGUGGAAUUUACUGGAAUAAUUGAGCCCUCUACACAAUUGUUAAGUUCACAAUUAGGAACGUCCGCAACACCAAACAGUGAAGACAAUUCGAAUGUGGUCGAUGGGCGUCAAACAUCACAGGCAUCCCUAUCCAUGGAAAUUGUAAAAAGAGGGGAACCGAUGGCUAUCGUGUCUCAGAGUUCCAAAGAAGACCGAAAGGAUCUGGGGAACGCAAAACAAGAAGUCAGAAAACCGAACGAAAGCCAGCAGCAGGUGUCUCGGAGUACCGAACGAUCAUCAAAAAUUAUUCGAAAGCCUUCCACAACAGAAUCGAUAAAACCGGACUCAGAGAAGGUCAUUCUAAACAUCCAUGACAGAAAUAUCGCCGCAGGCUCUGAAACUUUGAGAGAAGACACUGAGUCAGAUUCGCUGUCAAUUCUUAACAAACAGGGUACUACCGGAAACGAAAUGAAAGUUUCUGUUCGUCGAUCACGGAGCAUUGGUACACCGACCUCGGGUGACCAUAUGUUGACAGACCAUACCUUCCAUUUUCCGCUCGCCUCUGGUUUGAGAAAUGAUGUGGUAGAUGUGCCGUCACUAAUGAGAAAAAAAGUCUGUGAUGACCUACAACCAAAACCCAGUCAGUUGUCCGAAGAAAGUGCCACCACCGCCACUCCGGACUGGGAGUUUGUUAAAAAGCACUUCAGCCAGCGACCCAGUGCGUUGACCCGUAUUAUUCGGAAAUGUGUACCAUUCCUAUGUCCUAGUGUCGGAUUCUAG